CAAUCCACCUUGUAUGUAGCACUCGGCUUCGUAGCCUCGCUUCACUUCACCGGAUCCAGCCGACAACCCACGCAAACAAACAAUGGCCGCCGCUCCUUCCGCCCCCGCCGUCGCCGCCGUCAGCAGCAGCGCGCCCUCGUCCGGGCUCCUGCCGCCGCGCCGCGGCGCCGUCCCGCUGCCGUCGAUGAGGACCAGCAGGGCGGCGGCGCCGGGGGGCAGGAGGAUGGCGACGGUGGCGCGCGCGGUGGGCGACGUGGGCGCGGAGGGCAACACGUUCCUCAUCGCCGGCGCCGUGGCCGUCGCGCUCGUCGGCACCGCCUUCCCCAUCUUCUUCUCCCGCAAGGACACGUGCCCCGAGUGCGACGGCGCCGGGUUCGUGCGCAAGUCCGGCGCGACGCUGCGGGCGAACGCGGCGAGGAAGGACCAGGCGCAGAUCGUCUGCGCCAACUGCAACGGACUCGGCAAGCUCGGACAGAUCGACAAGUAGAGCCUCCCAUAACCGACGUCUCUUCUCCACUCCACGCCCCCUGCUGAUAUGUGCUGAUGUGCAAUUGUGCAUCGAUCGACGUCUUCCUCGUCUUCCUCCUCCUCCCCUGUUUCUUGCAGUUCCGUGGGACGCAGGAAUCCUACAGGAACUGAUCCAUAUAGAGAAGAUCGAGGUCCUGUAGAAUUCCCGGGUUCCCAACUGCACGCCCUUCACUGUGAUUUUCCUUCUUUCUUUUACCGCGUUGCGCCGGAUGUGUGAGGUCUCGUGUUAAUAACUGUGUGCCUGUGUAUAGAUAUAUGCUUUGUGUGAACUGUGGAGGUAUACGUACGUGCGUGUAUGACAAAAUAAUAUACUGAUGUGGAACGGGAUUUCUAAAUCUCA